CAGCAUCGCGGCCCGCGUUGAAGACUUUCAGAGCAGCAGCCAAAUUGCACCAAGUUGGCAACACUAAUUUUAUAGUAGAUUUUCAUAGUUUAAUUGGCGAUGGUUAACAGAUUACUUUUCGUAGAUGCCAGACUGUUGGCAAAAAAAUAAAACGUUCCCUCUCUCCCGUCUCAAUACUUCCUGCGUGAAAAAAUAUAAUAUUUCCCUACCUGCCCAUUUUCAUGAUUAUCUUAUGCACUGAAACGCUAAAAAGUGCUUGAGGAAAAAGAAAUAUUUACCAAUUACUGACAGUAAUCAAUCGCGAAAGAAUGAAAAUAGAAUAAAAUCGAAGAGUGUGCUACUUUUCAUUCAAAUAAAAGGAAAAAGCAGAAUAUUAGCUUAGCUUCAUAUUACCAGAUUUCUAUGUAUGUAUUUAAUUUGCUGCUUAGCGUUGGCGAUUCGCCGCUUGGACGAUGUUACGCGCAAAUCUAAUCAGCUAUGCAAGUCACGUUGCCUUGCCGCCGGCAUCGCGUAGUGAGCAAACAAAUCACAAAAGGCUAUAAUAAGAAAAAAGUUGGAAAAAUUAAAAACAAAAACAAAAACAAAAAUAUACAUAUUGACCACCAAUAUUAACAGCGUAGUGAAAUUGCAUAAUUCGCAUUCGCAAUUCCUUAUGAAGCUGUCGCUAAGUAGCCAGCCUUUAAGCGCCCAGCGGCAAUAACGUCUACGCUGUACAGCCGUUAACGGUAUCAACUAUCAACUAUCGGCUAUCGUCUAGUACGUCAUGGCCACCACGUGCCUUUCUGCUUAAUACAACUGUCUUUAAUGUUGGUAAAAACCAGGUAUAAAAUAAUCCAAACGGGCAUGCAAGGUUCUUGCCUAUUUCUUUAGCGAAAUUAUGCAGACGAUUGUAUAUAAAUCGCAGCGCUUUCAAUUGAACGAUAACAAAACGAUUUAUCCAUCCGCUUACUAAACACAUAACAGCAGCUAAAUUCAAAAAAAGAAAAAUACCACAAAAUGUUCAAGCUAGUCGCCUUCGUCCUUUUGGUCCUUGCCGCUGUCGUCCGUGCCGAGCCUAAACCCAGCGUGCUGGCGUACUCAGCACCGGUGGUUGCUGCCGCGCCAUCAGCUGCAAUUUACAGCCGAGAAUAUCAUGGAAACUUUGCCGCACCAUAUGUUGCUGCACCCUACUUUGCAUCUCCAUACGCUGCCUCUCCGUACGUUGCCGCGCCGUAUGUUGCAUCUCCAUACGCUGCCUCACCAUACUUCGCGUCGCCUUACGCUCCUGCCUACACAGCGCCACUGCUGUUGAAGAAGUAAAUGUGAUUUCGCUCUUUUAGCGUACUGAAUUGUCUGUUUCCUUUUUUUUACUGUUAACGAUAAAAAAGCUUUACGAUUUACUUUUCGUAAAACAAAAUGUGUUUUCUUUAUAAAUAAAUUAUAAAAAAUGGUCGCC